AUGAGAAUAAGUGAUCAAUUGACAAAUUUCGUAAUAGAGCACGGGAGAGCUAUAAAAAUGAGCAACUCGGAGGAGGCUGAGGAUAAGCCUCUUGAUCUCUCUCCUACAUCAGUUCAACGAGUUCGUACAGUUUCCAAGACAUGUUUUAGUCCUAAUGGCAGUUUUAAACAAGAGAUCAGAGCUUAUGUUGGAGAUGAUAUGGACAGGUAUCUGGGCGAAAGAGGUUUCGUUAAACGAAUCGUCCCAAAGGAUAGCAACUCUCUCUACCGUUGUAUCAGUGAAUUGCUCUGUUUGAAUCAAGUCAACUUUCUACCUAUCAAGAAUGCGAUAGAAGACCAUGUACAGCUUCAUUAUAAGCUUCAACAGAUAGAAAAUGCUGAGAACGUUGUUGACAGGACGAUGGAUCGUCUCAUAGCUGCUUCUACCAUAUACAAAAUCAAAAUCGUGAUUUAUCGGGGUAAGGCAGAUCCACAAAUCGUCGGAGAAAAUUAUGAAAGAGAACUGACCAUGUGUGAAGUUACACCCAACUGUUACGAAAGAGUCUACAGAAAAGAUCUCCAACUGUCUCUGGCCAUAACUCAAACUUUUCUAUACCAGUGCUUCUAUGAGAAUGUUAUAAAAGUUCCGAGAGAAGUCAUCAUCGAAGCUAUCACACAUGUUCGAUAUGAUAUCGACUCUUCUGGCAAAGAUCCUACCACUGCUUCCACACCUCUACCUGGUAAGACAGCUUCUUUUACUUUUUGUGGAUGCACUAAAGUAGUGCAGGGUUAUCGUCCUCCAAUUCCAUACUCAGCCGUCAAGUCAUUAGAUCCUGCUAUAUAUAGAAACAUCGCUUACGAUUUAUAUGCCAAAGACAAGCGGCGAGCGGUCCUUGAUGAAAAGAAAGAAAAUGAAAGAAAGUCAGACGAUCGUUUUCCUGUUGGCAGCGCCUGCAUGGCCAGAGAUGGCAAGGACAUUUUACGAGCAAAGGUUAUAUCUAUUCUUCCGGAUAAUCACAGAUGUAUACGUUUUGAUAACGGCACAGAAAAGAAUGUAAUCGCUUCUGAUCUACGUGCAGUAGUGGCCCAAGUAAUAACAACUUGCUCUAACGAAAUUCCAGUAGAGGUACCGAUAGAUCUUAACUCAUAUAAUAUUCAAACUAUCGUACCUGUUGCUUACAAACCAAUUUUUCCGUCUCCGUUUAUUGUAAAUAGUCAACCGACCUAUCAACCGCUAAAAGAGAAGAAAUCAGAAAAUAUUAUUUUAAAAAAGAAGAGAACAGUUUUACAGUCAAAAGACGAUAUGGAUCGUCAUGAUGUCUUUCAUGUAGGAAAUACAUGCUUAUUACGAGAAGGAAAUGAAUUACAUAAAGUAAAGAUUAUUGCCAAAUUCCCGGACAGCAGUAGAUGUGUUCGUUUUGAAAAUGGAGUCGAAAGAAAAGUCUCUCAAGCUGAUUUGACUCCCCUACCUAUUGCCGAAGAGAGUAUUCUUCCCGAAUUUCCUAUUCUUGAGCCUAUUUCAAAUGCUGGAACACCUACUAUGCAUCAUUACCCUAUCAACCAAGGAUCACCAUUUCCUCCUGGUUUUUCCAUCCCUCCGUUGAAUAUGAGUAUCCCACCACCACCUAUAGUUAAACAUAUGCCAUCUGGUAGAGUGAUGUCUACACCAAAGCCAUCUUCCAGCUAUUAUGUUCCUGCGUUUGAUCCUAAUAUUGAGAAAACUACGUGGUGGCAACCGACUCCUAGCAUGCAAUGCAAUCAAAGAUUCAGUGUUGGGCAUCGUCCACUAUUUGGAACAGGGGGACCAAUAGUUGUGCGUAAGAUGGAAGCAUCCUCCAUGCCAACGACUCCUCUUUACCCUACUCCUCCUCCAGGUUCAGAUCGUGAUAUGUCCUCGGUUUUCGCCAGUCCUGUAAGGUCACCAGCUUACCCUAAAAAGGCGGCUCCUUAUAUAGAUCGUGAGAAAAUGCUCAGAGUGAACCAGACUGUAGAUUUCUCAAAAAAGGAAGAUGGAACCGAUCUUCCGGAAGAUGUUCUCACGCUAAGAUAUUUUUAUAACCUCGGAGUCAUGACUUAUCGGAACGGGUAUGAUUUCAUGAAUUCUUCUCUGGAUCGAGAAUCCAAUUGUUCUGCAUUCUCCGGCAUAUCCAUCCCACCGCCAUCAACGAUACCUCUGCCCGUGUUUCCGGAACAGAUGUCCAUGCAGUUUCAGCCUGAAGGUCCCCUCUCUCUACCGUUUGACUGUUCAGUCCCUCCUCCUUUACCACCUAUGCCUCAACAUCAGGUGUGUCUUCCAUCAGCUCCUGUCCGACCUGAAAAUUAUGCUCGUUUGAUUCCAAUGAGUAGUCCAAUGCCUGUUUGUGUUAAUGGCACUUUUUACUUCAAUCCUCCUGUCGUUAACUCUUAG